UCGUACCAUACAUUAUCGCUAUUCCUCCCGACUCACCCAUGGAGGGGGUUGCUGGUCACUUGGAUAUAAAACCAGGCCCUGGUCAACCAACGACAUCACACUUUGCAAGUCGAUCCACUCGAUUCCACUUCAGCAAUGGCAUUCAAGUUCGUAACCCUGUUCGCUCUGUUGGCGGCUGCCAACGCUGGAUUCAUCCCAGCUCACCAACCACUGGCCUACGCGGCGGCUCCAGUUCUGGCCAAGACCAUCAACGCUGAAGACGACCCUCAUCCUCAAUACAGCUUCAGCUACGACGUCCAGGAUUCCACAACCGGCGACUUCAAGAACCAAUACGAGACCCGUGACGGAGAUUCAGUCCAAGGCAGCUACAGCCUCCUCGAAUCUGACGGAACACGCAGAACUGUCGACUACACCGCAGACGAUAUCAACGGAUUCAACGCCGUCGUCCGCAAAGAACCCGCUCAAGUUGCCGUGAAAGACGUAACACCAGCUGCCAUUGCUGUCAAAGCCGCUCCAGUUGCAUACGCUGCACCCGCUGCAUACGCCACCCACUACGCCACCCCAGCAGUUGCCAAAGUCGCUGCCCCAAUCGCAUACGCUCCAGCUUACGCUAAAUUCGCUGCACCUUUGGCUUACCAUGCACCCGCUGCUGUCGCCACUCACUACGCUCCAGCUUACGCUAAAGUUGCAGCACCCUUGGCCUACCAAGCUUACCACGCUCCAACUGCCUACGCCGCUGGUCCUCUCUACUACCACCAUUAAUUUAUAAUUUAAAUAUCUGUAUUAUGAAUUUAUCUAUUUAUUUCUGAAAAUUUUGAGUCAUUAAUAAAAAUCUUCCUGGACUAAA